CUUUACGGAAUAUUUAUAACGUUACGAUAACUUCAUCCAUUACUUACUUUAUUAUCUGCCUACAUUUUAGUAUUAAUAGUGUUAAUAGUUAUAAUAAAUCAAAAUUCUUAUAAAAUUAAAAUCAUAUGAACUAAUACGGAGCCUUUAGGUAGAAAUUAUUUCAUUAUUUCGUUUUCCGUAAAAUAGUAUGUUUUAAAUGUGAAUGUUCUUAAUAGUUUUCUCAUAUAAACAACUAUGGUUUCCCCAUUUCUAAAACAGUGUUUUGUGGUGUUGGGGGCCGCCACGUCUCUGAUGGGUCAUGGAGCAGCGUUCGGUUACACAGCUAUCCUGGUAGCACACUACACGGAUGACCAGGGAAAUAAAAUGGGCAAUGAUCACCUAUCGUGGAUAGGUUCUGUUUUUGGAAUAUCCAAAAUAUGCGGCUGUUUCAUAAUGCCAUCCACAAUGUCUAUGUUUGGUCGUCAAAAGACACAUCUCAUCACUGUAUUACCAAUGUUACUAAAUUGGUUAUUAUUUGUUUUUGGAAGAUCUGUUUCAAUUUUUAUAACAGCAAGACUUUUAUUCGGAAUAUCAGCCGGAAUGUAUGCGAGUAUGAACAGUAUGCUGAUAGCGGAAUAUACAGAUCCAGUCAAUCGUGGGGCCUUUUCGUCAAUAUCCUCGUUGGCAGUUGGCUUUGGCGUGAUAUGGGUUCAUGUUUGGGGAACUGUGGUAUCCUGGAGAACCACUGCAGCUGUAACUAUUGCCAUACCAGUGGCCACAGCUAUAAUUACAUGGUUCUCCCCAGAAACACCCAGUUGGCUGGUCUCUAAACAAAGAUACGGAGAAGCUAGGAAGGUAUUCACCUGGCUAAGAGGUGACGGUCCAAGACAACGAAAAGAAAUAGAGGACUUGAUUGAAAGUGACAAGUUAAAAAAAGAAACAUCAAAUUUAUCGAACGCGGAAUCUAAGACUUGUUUAACAAAACUGAGAAUGAUUAAAAAAUGUAUGCUUACGAGAGAAUUUUAUCAACCUAUUUUCAUAUGUGUACUUGUGGCAAUUAUAUUUGAAUUUAUAGGUGCUCAUUUUGUUGCAGCAUAUGGACAUUUGAUAUUAAAGUCACUUUUAAAUAAAAAUGAACCAAAGGAUGUAAGUUGGCAUCUUAAUUAUCUCGAUAUUCUAAGACCUGUAGUAAACUGUAUGGGAGUAAUUAUUUUGAAAAAAAUUAAAAGAAGGACUAUUCUUUUCACUACUGCAUUAAUGUCUAUAUUAUGUCUCCUAUUACUUUCUUCUUAUAUUUACACACGAAAUGCAUAUGGAUUCAAUCAAACACCUUUGUUAGAUAUAUUUGUAAUGAGUUUGAUGACGUUGUACACAGUAUCACACUACGCAGGAUAUUAUCCAUUGGCUUAUGUCCUUUUUGGCGAGGUAAUACCCUUGGAAUAUAGAGGAAUAGGUUCAUCAAUAGUUAUUUUUAGUUUAAGUAUAUGUUCAUUUACUGUUUUAAAAACAUGUCCGCAAAUGUAUUUUUCCAUCGGAGUUGAAGGAUCAUUUUUAGUUUUUACGGUUAUUAUCUCAGUUUGCUUGGUGAUUCUCUAUUACAUAUUGCCAGAAACAAAAGACCGGACUUUACUAGAUAUAGAAAAAGAAUUUAGAGACAAAAAAACUGAGAAACCACACCUAGAAGUUAAAGUGAGACUAAUGAAGCCUAAUUAAUGUUGACUCCAUCACCACAAAUUUUGUUUUUUACAAAUUAGAAUUUGUAAUAUGUUAGUCUUACUAUUUACGAAUCUACUAUGAAUGUCAUAUCUAGAAAUAGAUGUUUAAUAAAUUAACUAUAAUGUGUACCUUCUAUGUAUGCAUUAUGAUAUAAGUAAAGAGUGGAUUAUUUCUUCUUAUUUAUAACGUUUCAUUGAUUGUUAGGUACUUGAAUUUUAUUUUCAAACUUUUUAAAUAAUGUACGUAGUUACUUACUACAACAAUACGAUUACAAUAAUGUAUUCAUGGUUUGACAAAGAACACCUGUAAAAUAACUGCCUACUAUAUUAUUGUUCCCAUUAUGGAAUGUACAUACAUGUAUAUACCUUCAU